CAGAGUUAUCUGACUACGCGUGACCCACAGAAAGCUAAGAGAGUGGGACCUAGCAGAAACCAAAUCUCAUCUUCAUGAGAUGGUCAAGGCUGCAAAGGGAACGUCUGCCUGAGAUUUGAAACCGAGACAAGGGUAAUUGGCUCUAAAUGAGAAUAUGGCCAAUGGCAUUGAAGAUCUUAUUGGGAUCCCAUUCCCAAACCACAGCAGUGAAGUCCUUUGCGGUUUAAAUGAACAGCGGCAUGAUGGUCUACUCUGCGAUGUCAUCCUCAUUGUCCAGGACCAGGAGUACAGGACCCACAGGUCUGUCCUUGCAGCCUGCAGCAAGUACUUUAAAAAACUCUUCACUACUGGCACUUUAACAGACCAGCCCUAUGUUUACGAGAUUGACUUUGUCAAGCCUGAAGCACUUUCUGCUAUCCUAGAGUUUGCCUACACUUCAACCCUCACCAUCACCACCUCAAACGUCAAGCACAUCCUCAACGCAGCCAAGAUGCUGGAGAUCCAGUGCAUUAUCAAUGUAUGCAUUGAAAUCAUGGAGCCUGACAGAGAAGCUGAAGAGGAAGAUGAUAAAGAGGAUGAAGAUGACGAUGAUGAUGAAGAUGAUGAUGAUGAAGAGGAGGAGGAGGAGGAGGAAGAAGUGGAAGAUUUUGUGAAUCAAGAGAACCUCACGGAUGUCCAAGAAGUAAGCUGUCACCAAAGCCCUUCAAAGUCUGACCUUACCGAAGAAACAUAUACAGAAGCACCUAGAGACUUCCCACACCAUUACCCAGCCCAUAGCUCUGCUGGCCACUUGGGCAUGAUACGAGACUUUUCCAUUGAGUCAUUACUAAGGGAAAAUUUGUACCCUAAAACGAACAUUCCAGAAAGGAGGCCAGCCCUAUCUCCCUUCACACCAGACUUCUUUCCCCACCUGUGGCAUGGAAAUUUCAGUUCCUUUUCCCAGCUAGAAGAGCAGCAAGUGGACAAUGGUCCUUUGGAUCUGGUGAUCAAAAAGAGGAAGAUAAAGGAGGAGGAGAAGGAAGAGCUCCCUCCAGCUCCUUUCCCUAAUGACUUCUUCAAGGACAUGUUUGCCAGCAAUCCAGGAGGUCAUUUGGGGCACAUUAAGGCAGAGAACGACUAUAGCGCUUAUCUCAACUUUCUAAGUGCCACCCACCUGGGAGGAGUGUUUCCUCCAUGGCCUCUCGAGGAAGAAAGGAAGAUAAAGCCCAAGGCAUCUCAACAGUGUCCGAUCUGUAACAAAGUCAUCAUGGGGGCAGGGAAGCUGCCACGGCACAUGAGAACCCACACAGGAGAAAAGCCAUACAUGUGCACUAUCUGUGAAGUUCGCUUUACCAGGCAGGACAAGCUAAAAAUCCACAUGCGGAAACACACAGGAGAAAGGCCAUACCUCUGCAUACACUGCAAUGCCAAAUUCGUGCACAACUACGACCUAAAGAACCACAUGCGCAUUCACACGGGUGUCCGGCCUUACCAGUGUGAAUUCUGCUACAAGAGCUUCACUCGCUCCGACCACCUCCACCGCCAUAUCAAGCGGCAGAGCUGUCGAAUAUCGAGGCCCAGGAGGGGACGCAAGCCCGCAGCCUGGAGGGCAGCCAGCUUGCUGUUUGCACAGAAUGGCCAGCCAGAUGAGAAAAGCUUCAUGAUGCCUCCAACUCUGGAGGAGAUGAGCAGCCAUCUUAGCACCACGGCCAUGUGCCUUCCAGGCCCCAGCCACAAGCACUUCAUGAGUGGGGCCAAGAAUGCUCUAAACCUGCAAGAUCUAGAGAGCCAGUUCGAAGAAACCCAAAUGAAGCUGUUUGGGAGGACGCACCUGGACAUGGAAAGGAAUGGGGGCAUCUUUGCCUUUGCCCUGGGCCAUAACGAGAACAUCUCGGCACGGCCAUACUUCCCUCUCCCUGACCCUUGGAGCACAGGAUUCAGUGGACUGCCUGGACUAAACCAUGUGGCCCCAAUUUCUGAGGCUAGCAACUAAACCAGUUCUACCCAUGUACUGGGUGUGCUAUGUUCUGUACCAUUCUUAAAGAGUGAACGACUCUCUCUGAUUGUCACCUGCUGUCUCUCGUCAUCUCACUCCAAAGAAACAAUUGGUCGCCCAUGUGAAUCUAGACUGUGCUGUAGGAUGGUAGGCGGAGCCACACCUGAACAGACAAUGGACAUUCUUCUGAAUGAGGUGCUGCGGUUGGUAUUAUUCUGUGAUUGUACUAGGAAAUGUAGGUUGAGUUUGUCAGUGACUCCACCAGCACAGUCUGCUAGGGGUGUCCUUUUAGACCAUUUGUAGAGCACUUGGCAUAAGAGAUGAGAAGCUUGUCUCCUCCCAACAGUAGAGCCUGCCCUUAGUUCUUGGAAUCCAAUUUUGAGGGAGUGGGAAGGGUCAAGCUCCAGGAUGCAGGUGGCUGGUCUUUGGAAUGCUUCUGAAAACAUCACUUGCCUUAGUUUGAAGAUCAAGACAGUGCUUCGGAAGGAGAUUUCCAUUGCUCUCCGUUCGUGAUACCAGAUGGUCAGCUGGACAUCAGUGAAGAUGGCAAACCAUUUUUUGGCCACUUCUAAAUUCCUUGGUUUUUUAACCCCAUAAUCAAAUGACAAAUACAGUCUGAAAGGGCCU